GUUCAAGAAAAGCAAGAGUAAAGUGCUGGUGGAUUAUGCGUCAGAGGAAGACGACAUGUCCUGGCACUAUCAUCACUCCUACAAGGACAAAGAUAUUACAGGAGAGGAAGAGGAGGAGGAAGCUGUCAUUGAUGUGUCCAAGGGGACAUAUUUCGCGACCUGUCCCGCCUGUGAGGACAGCGGUGGCUGGGCCAGAGAAGAGAGGGGAAGGAAAUGCAGCAUUCUUUCGAGGAGCUGGGCCUUUUGGACGGGAACAAUCGCUGUGGAAGAAAAACAAGGCUGAAAAUAGCUGCUCGGACACUGUGGAAGGCUGCAACUCUUCCACUGUUGUUUGUUUUAUGCUCAUAUUAGGAUAUAGAAAGUGGAGCUGGAGUGCUUCAAGUGGAGGUUACCUUUAGCUGUAAAAGGCUCAUUCAAUUUAUAGAUAAGAGGAUGUUUAACCAAGCAAAACAUUCUUAAUAUCACCUUUAAAAAUAUAUAAGCAGAUGUCCCAAAGGGGCUCUUUACUUUCUGUGCUGAGCCAUAAUGAGAUUCGCUUCUAUGCCAGUGGUCAAACUACUCGCACGGCUGUCUUUUGUUAAAUGAUGUUUUGGAAUUAAACUCUAUAUUCGAUUUUUAUUGUAACUCACUUAUUUCUUCCUCUGCUGCUUGUUGAAUAAAAUGUAUUUAUUGAUUUGUCAAUAAGCCAAAAAGCAAAUUAAAUGACAAACAACUCUGAUCAGUUCAUUGUUAAAAGGAGAAGUCCAAAAUGUUUGCAGUAUAUGUUUAUUCCCUUUAUUGCAAAGGGUUUGAUGAGAAGUUGAAUAUGUAGCUACAAACAACAGCUUAUUUUAGCGUUGAUUAGUUUAUUUUAGAUUAGUAUAAAAAGUUAGCACUAUUUUUGCCAGAAUGUGAAAUAAUUAGAUCCUACCUACAACUCAUCCAUCCAUCCAACCAAUCCCAGCAGACAUUGGGAGAGAGGAGGGGUACACCCUGAACAGGUCACCAGCGUAUCGGAGGAAAUAAACAACCAUUAACACCGAUGGAGUCUCCAAUUCACCUAACCCCACUCUGCAUGACUUUGGACUGCUAGAAGAAGCCAAAAGUACCUGGAAAAAUAACCCAACUCAUACAACAUUUCAAAAAAUGAAAUGCCUCUUUAAUCCAUACGCUUUCACCUCUGGGGUAUGGAUGGAAGAAUUUGGCCCAACAGGAGCUCUAUUGUUCUGCCGAGCGUGGAGAUGUAGGUAAAGCCCCCCCACACAGCCAGCCUCAGUGAGCUGCUUGGUUUACCUACGUCUUGGCUGGAGAGAUUACUGGGCACGGAGCAGCUUUGGCUCUAGAGGCCUUCAGGUUAAUGCUGGAGUGAAUGGUGAAUAGGCUGGCCCUCUGUAUGUGCACGCAUGCGUGCACAUACAAAGCUGGAAUCUCCAUACAUGCGCGCGCGCGCACACACACACACACACACAGAUAGACUCAAUCUCUUCUGGCAUCUCUGGUUCCUCCAAAUACAGAAAAUCUCCUCGACAGUUUACACUAAACAAGAAAAGGGGAGUGAGGACAGAGACAGAAAAAGGGUUUCGAAAUAGCUGAGAUGAAAUUUAGAAAUGUUUUUUUUCUUCUUUAUGCCAAUAAACUCCAAGAAACUGGCAGCGUUCUUGUCCACGGGCGAGAGGAGGACAAGGUGAAGAAGACCAUGUCCAAGAAGGAGAGGAGGGAGAAGAAGAUGUUCUCCUCUAAAGACGACGAGCACUUCUUGUUGACGGGAGUGAAACUGGCUGACCGCAGAGGGUCUCACAAGAAAAUCAAAGACGAUGAAAAGGAUAAAGAAAAGAAGGACAAGCCGGAGAAGGGCCACUGUUUCUGGGAGAGUGUUACCAUGACGAUGAGGCAGAUCUCGCCCACCAAGAAGCUGGAGAAGAUGGAGGGCUGGGAGCCGCCUCAGCUGGAGGACUUAAACGAGACUACGACUGAUGACGCCCCGGAGGACAGGAGCCCGGAAGGGGACUCGCCGUCGCCUCUACCCGAGUCUCCAGGCCUUCCGUUGGACCUGGCCUCCUGGGGGGGGCAGGGCCUGGAAGAGGACUCUUCCCGCUACGCUAACCUGUCGGACUCCAAGGAUUCAACAGCGGCUGUCACGUGGACGGCUCGCGCCAAAGUCAAGCUGGCCGGCAUCAGCAGGAUGAGCAGAGGGAUUGUGUCGGACAUUGCGUGGGAGGGGUUUAAAUAGUAGCCAUUUAAACUUAUGAUACCCUCUGUCCUUCUUCACCUGUGUGAUGAGGAUGAAGACCUGAACCAAAUAUCUGCUUGUCUUCGUCGUCUUUAAACUUAACAGGUGCUAACUGAUGUUGAGCUGCUGUACUGUAGUAAAGACCUGCGCAUGAAACAUGAAGUGUGACUUUGGUAUUUUAGCUUUAAAGUCAAUGAAGACAACAUGUUAGUUUUAUCAAUGGGCUUUUUUUGUGUGAAAGUUUUGAAUCACUGGUAUAAAUUGUAUAGUAAAACAAAUGAAAGCCUUAAA